AUGGAUUCUGACGAAGACGAUUACGACGAGGCGCCGCAGCCUGGUCACGCCCCCAGCAAUCUUUCGGAGCGGCGCAGAGCACAGAAGGCUGCUUUCGACGCCUGGCUCACCAGUGAUGUCGGCCAGGAAGCGCUGAAGCCAAAGUCAAAGGAAGCCAGACUGAAGAAUGCUGCCGACGAGGAGCUUUCCAUUCACUCACUCAUGGCCAAGGAAGGCACCCAGAUCAUCAAGAACCCACGAGAGUACCAGAUGGAGCUCUUCGAGAGAGCCAAGAACGAGAACAAGAUCGCUGUCCUCGACACCGGCUCCGGAAAGACUCUCAUCGCCGUACUUCUUCUCCGCCACAUCAUCGACCAGGAGCUUGAAGACCGAGCUACUGGCAAAGCAGCCCGUAUCAGCUUCUUCCUCGUCUCUUCAGUCACACUCGUAUACCAGCAGUUCUCCGUGCUGGAGACUAACCUCGACCACAAGAUCGCACGUGUUUGCGGAGCUGACAAUACUGACUUCUGGCAGAAGGCGAAGUGGACAAAGCUGUUUGAAGAGAGCAGGGUCGUUGUGUGCACUGCCGAGAUCUUGCACCAAUGCCUGUUCCACAGCUAUAUAAGUAUGAAACAGAUCAACUUACUUAUAUUCGACGAAGCUCACCACGCGAAGAAGAAUCACAACUACGCUAGAAUCAUCAAGGACUUCUACUUCACCGCAGAUGAAAGCUUGCGUCCACGAGUCUUCGGCAUGACAGCAAGUCCGAUCGAUGCGAAGACGGAUGUCACCCAAGCUGCGCUGGAGCUGGAGACUCUGCUUCACUCUCGGAUUGCAACCACCGACGACAUGAGCUUCACGGCGGCAGUGAAGCGGCCAGCCGAGAGCAUAUUGCGCUACGACGCCCUUGCUCAGCCGUUCGAAACGAAGUUGCUGCAGGCCGUCAAAGCAAAUUACGGCCACAUCGAUGCCUUCCGCCGCACCUUCGAGCGAACACCAGAGAUCGCUCGACAGCUUGGCUCUUGGUGUGCUGAUAUGUUUCUUGUCGACACCAUUGCUGAGAAGCGGAUGAAGAAAUACGAAGAGAGGACCGAACGCAAGUUCUACGCUCGGAAUGCUAAUCCCAAUGUUAAGGAACUUGACGAUAAGCAGGCCGAGCUGCGAGCAGCCAUCGACUUUCUGGAACAGCAAGCACGCGGCUUGUAUGGCAAGGCCAUGGAAGAGGACGAGAUCAGUUCGAAGAUCAAGAGUCUCCGACUGUAUCUCGCUACCCAUUUCGAGCGGCCAACUUCCCAGCGCUGCAUCGUGUUUGUCGAGCGUCGGCACACAGCAAGACUGCUUCAUGCUCUGUUUCUGAAGAUCGGGCCACCUCACAUGAAGUCGAGCUUCUUAGUGGGCAGCGGUGGCAAAGGCGAAGAAGACAACAUCAGCUUCCGGUCUCAAGUGAUGACACUCAUCAAGUUCCGGCAAGGCGAGAUCAAUUGCCUCUUUGCCACUUCGGUCGCCGAGGAAGGACUUGAUGUGCCAGACUGCAACCUCGUCAUCCGCUUCGACAUGUACCGGACCAUGAUCCAGUACGUCCAGUCUCGCGGCAGAGCUCGACAGCAGAAUUCAAGAUUCAUCCACAUGAUGGAGUCAGGCAAUUCCGUCCACGCACAGCUGGUGUCCGAAGUCCGCUUCCAAGAGCGAGCCAUGCGCAAGUUCUGCGGAUCACUGCCUGAGGACCGCCGACUCAUCGGCCACGAGGACAAUCUCGAGGCGCUGCUGGAGAAGGAAAAGGACCUGCGCGUCUUCGUCGACGAGAUCAGCGGAUCGAAGCUGACGUACGGCAACUGUCUCGCAGUACUGGCAAAUUAUGUCUCUGUUCUUCCGACCGACUCCGAUGAGCCUCUCCACCCAACCUACGUUGUCUUCACCAGAGGUGCCAAGUUCCUGAGCGAGGUGCUGCUGCCUCCAGGCUCAGCAGUACGCUCCGUCAUCGGUCGUGUGCACACGAAGAAGACUCUCGCCAAGCGCGCCGCGGCCUUUGACGCCUGCAUGGAGCUGAGGAAGAAAGGUCAUCUGGACGAGAAUCUGAUGUCUACUCAACGCAGACGGGUGAAUGCUAUGAGGAAUGCUGAGCUGGCUCUGAACAUGAAGAGCGGCGGCAACUAUGUGAUGCGCAUGAAGCCGAGCGUAUGGGCUGAAGCGAGAGGGACGUUGCCGGAUGAGCUGUGGGCUACUGUCCUGCAAUUUCCGGACGGGCUGGAGAGGGAUCACCAGCCUUUGGCUCUGCUUACCAGGACCCGCAUGCCGGAGUUCCCGCCGUUCCCGCUUUUCUUGAACGAUGGCAGGAGGUCGACUGUGGUUUGCAGACGGUUGCCGCGGGCAAUCAAGCUUGACGACGGUCUUCUGGACAAACUGAGCGCGUUCACGUUUCGGGUGCUCAAGGAUGUGUUCACGAAGACGUUCGGACAAGAUGCGGCCGGGCUGUCCUACUGGAUCGCUCCACUCAAAGCUGCUGCCAUCGUGGGCGAUGAGAAGUCAACUGCCGAUAUCUUGGACAUGCCAUUGCUGAAAGAGAUUGUAGCCAGCGACGACAGCAAGUGGACACCCAACACGCCGCCCGAGAGCCUAGUUGGCAAGUUCAUCGUUGAUCCGUACAGCGGUGGCAACAAGUAUGUCACACUUGCUCUCGAACCCACACUCUCACCAUCAGAUCCGCCACCGGAGAACUCAUCCAAGCAGAAGCGAGCUACUACCAUCAUCAACAAUACCGUCAGCCUGUGGAAGAAGCAGAAGGAGAUGAGCACGUGGCACCCGAACCAGCCUGUCCUCAGAGCACAGAAGCUGUGGUUGCGGUUGAACCAGCUGGCGACUCCCGAUGCGAAGGAUAACAAAGAGAGGCCGAGUGGACUGGCGUACAUUUGCCCGGAGCCGCUGAUCAUCUCGAUGCUGCCGCCUGAGGUGGUGACGUCCUGCUUCGUGUUUCCCGCCAUCAUCCAUCGGCUGGAAUCCUACCUCAUCGCGCUGGAGGCUUGCGAUGUGGUGGGCGUGAAGUGCAUCCCCGAGAUGGCGUUGGCGGCUGUUACCAAAGACGCCGACAAUAGCGGCGAGCACGGCGAGGAGCGCAUCAACUUUCAGCGCGGCAUGGGCGAGAACUACGAGCGGCUGGAGUUCAUUGGCGAUACGUUCUUGAAGACUGCUACGACGAUCUCGACCUACAUCCAGAAUCCAAGCGAUGUUGAAGCGGACAUGCACGUCAUUCGCAUGCUGAUGCUGUGCAACAAGAACCUCUUCGAGACUGCUCAGAAGCUGGACUUGAUGCAGUACGUGCGCAGCCAGGCUUUCUCACGUCGGACGUGGUACCCUGAGGGCUUGAAAUUGCUUGAGGGCAAAGGCAAGAACAAGGACGAGGCGACUGCAGUGAUCAAGCAUUCGCUGGGUGACAAGACUGUUGCCGAUGUGUGUGAAGCAUUGAUCGGUGCGGCAUUUGUCAGCCACGAUAAGCUUGACGAGAAGUGGAAUCCAGAGCAGUUUGACCCUGCAGUCCGCGCUGUCACCAAGCUGGUCGACAAGCCUGACCACGCCAUGGACAACUGGGCCGGCUACCGCGCCGCCUACAACAAGCCCGCGUUCCAGACAGCAGACUCCACUGCCUCCCAACGCGACCUCGCAGAGAAAGUCGAACUCGAACACCCCUACCACUUCAAGUAUCCCCGCCUCCUCCGCUCCGCCUUCAUGCACCCCUCGCAACCCCGCUCCUACGAAAGCGUGCCCAGCUACGAACGCAUCGAGUUCCUCGGCGACGCCCUCCUUGACCAAGCCAGCAUCACGCACCUCUUCUACCGCUUCCACAACAAAGACCCGGGCUGGCUGACCGAGCACAAAAUGGCCAUGGUCGGCAACAAGUUCCUCGGCGCCGUGUGCGUCAACAUCGGCUUCCACCGGCAUUUGCGCUACGCCUCCGAGACCCUGGAACACCAGAUUCGUGAGUACGCUACUGAAUUGCUGGAAGCUAAACGUACGGCUGGCGAUUCGAGGGACUACUGGACCACCGUCUCUGACCCACCGAAGUGCCUGCCGGAUAUUGUCGAGAGCUACGUAGGCGCGAUGUUCAUCGACUCCGACUUCGACUACGGCGUCGUGCUCGACUUCUUCAACAAGCACAUCGCGUGGUACUCGAAGACAUGUCCCUCUACGACUCCUUCGCCAACAACCACCCGUGCACCCACCUCCACAACCUCAUGCAAACGACCUACGGCUGCCAGGAGUACCGCCUCAUGGCCCAUGAAGUUCCCGGCGCCGACGGAGUGGAGGUUGAACGGAAGGAUGUCGUGGCCGCGGUGCUGGUGCAUAAGGCUGUGGUGGCUUUUUCGAAGGGGAAGAGUGGGCGGUAUGCGCGGUUGA